GUAGUAAUAAUUGUAGUAGUAGUAAUAAUAGUAGUAGCAGUAACAGUAACAUGCGCAGUAGGAACCUCUUGUAAAUAGUUGAGGGGGAACCUUAGCGUGACACCGUUACCAUGGAGACUCAAACGCUACAUCCGGAAGAGCGAUUGUUUUGGCAAUUUCCUUGUUUGGUGGAUACUAUUGUUUGAAUCGGUUGUUGGAUUUUGCUUUCUAUCGAAAUAAUACACAGUAAUCAAUAAGCUGAAUAUUAAAUAGUUAAACCCGGAUUCGUAUCUCCGUUGAAUCAAGUCAGUAGUAGGUUCACCACUCGCCAAGUCUAUUUCAGUUGUGUUUGGAUUAAAAUAUGGACUCUGAGUAUAUAAAGAGUAACUUGGGGAAGUGUCUGGCAGAAGGACUCGCCGACGUGGCCGAGAAGCGCCCCGUGGACCCCAUCCAGCACCUCGGCCACUGGCUUUACAGGUUCAACUCCAACGCUGAAUAUGAGCAGAAGAAAAAAGCAACUUUGGCGCUCCUGCAGCAGGAGCAGGCGAAAGCCAGAGAGGAGGCGAUGCACCGCGAGAAGCUGAGGGAGGAGGAACGAACCAUCAGCGAGGCCUUGGCAGAGUCAAAAACAGACAUUUCUAAGAAGCAUGAUGGGCCCCUGUCACCCACAACCGGAGCUGUAGAGGACAACAAGUUCGUGACAGAAGAGCAACCAAAACCCUCUGAUCCAGAAACCCAGAUGGACACAGACGAACACCAGACCAAAGCUCAGGAAAAGGAAACUGAACUGCAGGUCACAGAUAACGCCACCAGUCCAGAGCCGCACGAGAGACAACCGCCUGAGGUCGGCAGCUCUGCCCUCCCAGGCGCCCUCAGCGCAGAGGUCAAACCGGAGCCCGAAAUGCCUGCUGAACAGAGCAAAGUGAAAGAGGAGCAAACGGAGGUGGAGCUGAGUGUGGAGGACAGAACCGCUACCCCCGAUCAAACAGAAGAGAAAGAAGUGGACGAAGAUAAAGAAAAGGUCCCCGGUGAAGCGGACGUUGGUGAAGCGUUGCGCUCGACCCCCAGUCGAAUCGCCUCCAACUCGAAACCGGAAGACAAACACGUCCCCCAAGACGCAGAGAAGGUGACCACACGAGGGCUUGAUCCUCCUCCUCAAAACCAGGAAAAGGUGCCAGACGGGCAACGCCCCAUUGAGGCUGCUGAUAGCUCGGCACCAGCUGAAAGCUCAAGUCCAGGUGACAGCUCGGCACCAGCAGACGCCUCGGCUCCGGCUGACAGCUCGGCUACGGCAGACGGCUCAGAUACAGGUGACAACUCGGCACCAGGUGACAACUCUGGACCAGCUGACGGCUCGGCUCCGGCUGAUAGCUCGGCUACGGCAGACGGCUCAGGUCCAGGUGACAACUCGGCACCAGGUGACAACUCGGCACCAGCUGACGGCUCGGCUCCGGCUGAUAGCUCGGCUACGGCAGACGGCUCAGGUCCAGGUGACAACUCGGCACCAGGUGACAACUCGGCACCAGCUGACGGCUCGGCUCCGGCUGAUAGCUCGGCUCUGGUCGAUAGCUUGGCUACGGCAGACGGCUCAGUUCCAAGUGACAUCCUGGCACCAGCUGACGUCUCGGCUCCGGCUGACAGCUCAGGCCCAGGUGACGGUGUGGCACCAGCCAAUGGCUCGGCCCUGGCUGAAAGCUCGGCUCUGGCUGAGAACUUGUCCCCAGGCGACGGUGGCGCAGCCGCAGAGGGGACGCAGUCCAGCAAGAGAACUCAAGAGGAGGCUGAAAACUCUCCAGAUGUGGAGCAGGAAGAGAAGAAAGAAGAACAAGAAGCAGACCAUUAACAGUGGCGCAUAACGAUCAAUCUUUUCUUAAAAAUGUUUCAACUAUUCCAUUAAUGCAGUAUAUGUGUAGAUUGAUACAAAUAAAAAACAAUAAAGAAACUUUUAUUUCCAAUACCUGUUUAUUUAUCAUUGUUAUUUAUGCACCUCUGUAGCCAAAUUGUUAAGUUAUUCUUGCAAUGCAUGCAAUGAUGCAUAUUUGUUAGUUGGUUUACUGACCUCUGGGCAACCAUGAUGCAUUUUGGGGUUCCACAGUGAAGUGAGAAGAGCAGAGUGUGUUAAUGAUGGUCCGUCUUUACACUCAAAGAGAGGAAGCUGACCUGAUGCCUAACACUCUGCUUCCUGCACACGGUCCAUUACGCUGUGAUUCUUUCAUGUUGUCGUAGGAGCCAAGAAACCUUUGACCAAUAAAACCCAGCUUUGUGCCCUUC